AUGGAUGCAAAUAGACAUGGAAAUGACAUCGAGGCCGGGCUUGGGAGAGGAGGAGUGGUGGUGCUGGUCCCAUCGCCUACACCUGCGCCUGCACGAUCGUCCGGGCAGACGGGCAUGAGGACGACCAAAUUGAAGGAACGGCAUAAGAUGAAUGGGGGUCUUCUUCGGGACUUUAUUAUUGGUUUUGCGGAUGGAUUGACCGUGCCGUUUGCGUUGACCGCCGGCUUGUCGUCUCUCGGAUCGUCCAAACUCGUGGUCACGGGUGGAUUGGCGGAAUUGUUUAGCGGAGCGAUUUCGAUGGGAUUGGGAGCGUACCUGGCCACGAUCACGGAUAAGCAGCAUUAUGACACCGAGCGGGUGCGGGAGAAGAAGGAGUUGCAGGAAUGCCCGGACGAGGAGACGGAGGAGAUUUACCAGAUUCUGUGCGCGUACGGACCUGAGAGGGACGUUGUUGCACCAUUCGUGGACGGAUUGAAGAAGGACCCUGAGCAGUGGAUCCAGUUCAUGAUGGAUUUCGAAUUGAAGUUGCAACGGCCUGUCAGAGGUGGGGCGUAUAUCUCGUCGGCGACAAUGGGGAUCGCGUAUUUUGUCGGUGGACUGUUGCCUAUGAUACCGUAUUUUGCAAUUCGGCACGCAACGACGGCGCUGUUCGUGUCGAUCGGAAUCACGGCGCUCAUCCUUAUGGUCUUUGGGUACUUGAAGUGUGCAUAUGCCGGGUGCAGGCCAACACAGUCCGUCAUAGGAGCGGUACAGACACUGUGCGUUGGGGCGGUCGCUGCGGGUGCAAGUUACGGAAUCGUCCGAGCGGUCAAUUCGAGUGAUAUUACCUGA